UACGCUUCACGUUGACAAUGUCACUUCAACUUCACUUUUUACGAGAAGUUUUUGGAAAAAAAUUGUCAAGUAAUGCGGCCUACGACAAGAAUUUAUUAAACAAUUGUGACAGAGUUGCGAAGAGAAUGGGAAACACCGGCUCCGCGCAUUCAUCGAAAAGAAAAGGACGAAAACGAGAAAGUGGUGACAGCGUAGGUGAUCGUCCAGGAAAAACUAAAAAAUUUGUAAAUGGUUCCGAAUCCCGAACCAGUGGAAAAGAGAUAAUAAAAUGUCGUGCGACUAAUCCUUUUAUCAUCUUCUUUCUACGGUUACGGAGUAAAAAGCCAAAGGAACACGUAACCGUGAUUGCUCGUGCAGCUGGAAAAUUAUGGACACAAAUGACUCCGGAACAAAGAAAGAAAUAUGUACAGUUGGCAAACGUCGAGAAAAAAAGACGAGAAGAGCAAAGAAGGAAACGAAAGUUAAGAAGAAGGAAAGGAAGAUAGAACACAUACGUUAAUGAAAAGUUAUAAGAUAAAAAUGAAAUUAUUUAAGUGCGAAGUUCGUCUUCCUGAGUGCUGAGUUAAGCACGCGCUUUCUACACAAGUUCUUACAAGUCUUUUAUUCGUACAAAAUAUCAUUGUGAAGCCUUUAUUUUUGAUUCCUUUUUAUUUGUUAGUAGUUUUUUUUUAACUCUAUGUACAAUAAAUAUUGAUGUAUUUAUACACUAUCAAUUAUCUUUUUUAUCGUUCAAGAAUUAUGCUAAAAACUAGGCAAAUUCCCUUGCCUCUCGCUCUUAUAGUCUCGUCUGAAAAAAUUAAAUUCGUAAUAUACUAUAAAUAUAUUAUUUGUUCGCGACCAUUCCCCGAAGCGUCGUGGACAAGAGGGAAAUUACAAUUGAACGUACAUGAACGAGCACCAUUUUACAUUUCCCAUACAGAGGUCGAACGAAUUAACAUCUCACCUCUUCUUAUAAUUUGAUACAAAAAAUAAUUUCAGCAUAAUUUUUGCGACGCUCCGUGGAAGAGCAUUUUGACGCAUGUAUCAUUCUUUUCGAAACUAGUAUGUGCCCUCUCGUUCAAUAAUAUAGAAAAUAAAAAUAUUACAUACAGUAGAGAAUAAAGAAUGAAUAUACGUGUGUGUGUAUGCGCGCACGCUUGCGCGUAUUUCUUCCUGUAUGUGUGCACGUAAUUAAGGAGCAUAGGGUUUGAAUAAAAUGAUAUUCGUAUUGAUGUGGGAUGAAAAUGACGAUGACGUUGUUGUCGUUAUUGUUGUUAUUGUUGUUGAUGAUAAUGAUGAUGUUGUUAUUGUUGAUGAUGAUGAUGAUGACGAUGCUGAUGAUGACGAUAAUGAUGGUGACAAUGGCAGAAUAGCAAUUAUAAUGAUAACAAUAAUAAUAAUAAUAAUAAUAAUCAUGAUAA